GCAUUGCAUUAACUCAUCCAUCAUUUAGUCAUCCUACAUAUGCAAGUUGGCAUCCUGUUCAUACCUAUGCUUGGCAUUUGGAGGACAAACCUGGUUUCCAGAGUGUUUUCAAGGAUAUGCUGAAGAUAUAUGUUUGUUUUCAGAUUGAAGGAGCACCUUAUAUUGUAUGUGUUGUUUCAAUUGAACCUGCGAAAAGAAAAAAGAUUUUGAAAAAUUACAUUUAUUCUGAUAACACAAAUUUUGUGUACCAUCGAAUAGAUUUGGUCCCCCCAACAACUUCAUGCAGACAUAUGAAACAAUUAUCAUCAUUAGAUACAACCGCUCUUUUUCUUUCGGCUUCAUGCUUCUGGUCACCUUAUAAGCAUUUAAUGGAAGAAGAAACUCUUCAGACUGUUUUGAAUUACAUGGCUUACUUAAAAGAUCCUACCAGACUGAUUGCUAACCCAGGAUUAAAGCCAUUUGUUCGCAGUGAAGUUCAAGCUUUAUCUCAGAUUGCUUCUACUUGGAUGGCAGCAGCAGAACAUAAGGAAUUUUCAAAUUACAUUGUCCGAAGGUUUAUUGCUACUAAAAAUGGUGUUUUUCUUAUGUAUCCUGCAACCUUGAUUGACAAAGCAUAUGAUGCCACUCGACGUGAUUGGUUCACACGUGCUUUGGAACAUCCUGGCAGAAUUGUUUUGACAGCACCUUACCUUGAUGUCGGCGGAGCUGGAUAUGUUAUCACAUUAAGUCAUACGAUAUAUGAAGGAAAGCCAGCUGCAUUGCAUAGCUCUGCUGAUAAUAUUGUAGCUGUAAUGGGCAUGGAUUUUACUUUUGGCUUCUUUUAUAAAUAUUUGGAAGAAAAAAUACCCAUUUGCAAGCAAGGCCAUAUUAUUUGUUUUCUGUUGGAUGACAAAGGAUAUUUAGUUUCACAUCCAGAUUUAAUUGAACCUAGUGGUAAAGGACCUGUGGAACAGCAGCAUAUUACUCAUAAGGAGCCCUUAGUUGCAAACGACUUACUUAAUCAUAGAGCAUUUGUGUCGAAAAAUGUGUGCAAUAGCUACAGUGAUAGAACAAUUCAGAGAUUUUAUCAAUUGAACAUAAGUUUAGAUGCAGUCCUUACUAAUCUUGUUCAUGGUGAACAAUGUACCAAAUAUCAAGUCAUGGCUGUACCUGGUACUAACACUUUCCUUGGCAUUGUAAAUAGAACCUGUGAUGGAAUAACUGCUUUUUGUCCAUGCAGUAUGACUGACAGAUUGUGUUUGAAUUGUCACCGUAUGGAACCUACAGAAUGUGAAUGUCCUUGUGAAUGCCCACUAAAAAUGGAUUUGUGUACUGGGCAACUUAUAAAUGAAAGUAAUUGGUAUCCUACUUGUCCGCAUUUAUCUGAAUUGCCAAAUUUGCCGGUCGUAGAUUUAAAUGUUCUUGAUGCAUUGCCACCUUGCUAUGAAUAUCACUGUUCUUCCCGCACAACACUUAAUGAUUGUUUUGGUACGUUGGGUUGCGAGUGGUGCCAAUUAUCAUCUGAUGGUAUUACACCUCUUCAAAAGAAAUUCUGUACGGAUCAGCGAAAGUGUUUCGGUGGGAUUUUAGGAGCAAGAACCCCAUACGCAGAUGAAAUUAUAGAACAUUUACCCGAGGGAGAAUUCCUGGUGAUUAAAAGCACUCCCGUGGGUCCUGUGGCUGGCGGAUUUAUAGUUUUCUUCCUAGUGGUUGCACUUGGCGUAUAUUGUUACCGCAAUCAUGUUCUAAGAAGUAGCUCAUCCCAUUAUGGAUCUUCAAGCCCUGAAACUAAUUUUAGAAUGACUCAGUUGAAUAAUGAGCCAGAUGAAUCCGAUCCUUAUCAAGAACCUAUUAAUUCUGUGACUCCAAUGUGUCAGCUAAUACCUCACAUGGAAAAUAUAGUUUCGCCAUACCGUGUUCCAACAAACUAUCGCAGGCCACCUGGAGGGGACAGUGAUCAUGGUUACAGCACCAUGACGCCCCACGAAGACACUGAACUGGUCCCUUAUUUUGAACCUUUACUUAUUGGGAAAGACAGGGUUGCUCACCCUUCCUCGCACAACUCUCUGAGUAGUGACAGCCGAACUUCCUCCCCCGUGUCUUGUGUUCCAUCUGCAGCCUGUUCUGUUUCACCCUCCAUGCAGAAGAUGGAAUGUCCUGUGCCAUCGUGGCUGUCACAUAAAGACUUUCCUUGCAAAGCGGACAAAGUUCGGGGCUCAUAUGUACUUGCUCACGUUCAAGUGCAUUCUGAAAACAUAGACUAA